AUGUCAGAACACGUAUUACCGGCAGAAGAGCCGAUACGAUUUGUUGCCCCAAUUAUUCAGGAUAAUCCAACAGGAUGGGGACCGUGCGAAAUGCCGGAACAAUUUAGGGACAUGCCCUAUCAGCCAUUCAGUAAAGGCGACCGCUUAGGCAAAAUUAGCGAUUGGACUGUCGUACAAGACAAGAAGUAUCAAAAUAAGUAUGCCUCACCGUUUGGCGCUGGUUCGUCAUACGCUUACUUCCACGAUGAAGACGAAAGUACGUUCCAUCUGGUGGACUCGACAAGAGAGCAGAAGCCACCGUACCAACGCGGUCGCGCUCGAGGCCAGCGAAGCCGUGGUGCGAGAGGUGCUCGUACUCCGGGUGGCAUGACCACCCUGAAUAAGCAACGUGACCGUAAACUAGGCAAGAGAUGGGGCCCAAGAGGAGCACCUAUGAAAAUUCGUGAUGCUUCGGUUACUGUGAGACCAACUUGGGUCACGAUAGAAGAUAUGGACUUUCCACGUUUGGCUAAGUUAUCCUUACCAGGAAUUAAAGAAGGUGAAGACAUUGUGUGCUGCGGUACACUGGAAUACUAUGACAAGGGCUAUGACCGUGUCAAUGUGAAGCAUGAGAAGCCUCUUCAACGAAUUGACCGCAUUUUCCAUACGGUCACAACCACUGAUGAUCCUGUAAUCCGUCGUCUCAGUAAGACUACUGGUACAGUCUAUGCAACUGACGCCAUCUUGGCAACUAUAAUGUGUUGCACUCGCUCUAACUACUCAUGGGAUAUUGUCAUUGAGAAAAUUGGUGAUAAGCUGUUCCUUGACAAGCGUGACAAUACUGAGUUUGAUCUACUGACUGUCAACGAGACGUCAGUAGAGCCUCCAGCAGAUGAUGGAAACUCCAUCAACUCACCGCGCAACUUGGCCCUAGAAGCUACCUUCAUCAAUCAUAACUUCAGCCAGCAGGUACUGAAAUCUGGUCCAAAUGAACCCAAGUACAAGUUCCCAGAACCAAAUCCAUUUGUGUCUGAAGAAGAAGAAGGCGAAGUGGCGUCGGUCGGCUACCGAUACCGCAAGUGGAACCUCAACAAUGGUGUUGUGCUAGUAGCUCGCUGUGAACAUGAUGCAGUGAUGCAAGGUCCUCAAAAUGAAACUCAAUUCCUGAGCAUCAAGGCUCUGAACGAGUGGGACUCAAAGCUCGCGAACGGAGUGGAGUGGCGUCAAAAGCUCGACACUCAACGUGGAGCGGUGCUUGCUAAUGAACUCAGGAACAACUCUUGCAAGCUUGCAAAGUGGACCGUUCAGGCGCUGCUGGCGGGCUCGGACCAGAUCAAGUUCGGCUACGUGUCGCGCGCGCAGGUGCGCGACAACUCGCGCCACGUCAUCCUCGGCACGCAGCAGUUCAAGCCGCACGAGUUCGCGGCGCAGAUCAACCUGUCCAUGGACAAUGCCUGGGGCAUCCUGCGCUGCAUCAUCGACAUCUGCAUGAAGCAGAAGGACGGUAAAUAUUUGAUUAUGAAGGAUCCAAACAAGCCUCUGAUUCGUUUGUAUGAUAUUCCUGACAAUACAUUCGAGUCUGACGGCUCAGAGGAGAGUGGGGAUGAGCCUGUUGAGACGCCGUUUGCACCGCUGUACUCUUACGGAAACAAUAAGAGGAUUUAGUACCACAACCACAAAUUCAGUACUACAAUACUGGUAUAAUUAUACUUUCCUGUAGCUCUUCUCUUAAGUAAUCAGUAUGUAUUCCAUAUUUUUCAGAAAAUACAACCAUUUUUAGUAAA